CUACAUUUAGAAAGGUCACACAUAUUUGUAUGCCUUAAAAUUUUAAGCAAACAACGAAAACAACAUUCUACAGAAGUUUUUAUUAUUAUUAAAAGCUAUCAUUACUAUGCGGAAUUCUUGCGUUCUUGUAUCCUGGCCACGCCUUCCUGUGAAGCGUCAUCACGUGUGACGCGGAAGGCGGGGAUUCUUCUCUAGACUGGAAACACUUUUGUUUGUUUAUCAGGGGCUUCGCUAUUAUGUGAUGUUUUGACUUGAAGUCUACUGCACCUGUAUAAGGCAUUGUACGGGUUUGUGCAAUGGACUACAACAGAAACUUUGACAGCUUUCCGGACACUUCGCUGGUGCUCCUUGCCUUUCUGAAACAAAAAGGCUGCCAAAAUAGCCAGCUUAAAAGAGAGCUUGAUUAUCUUGAUGAACAGCUAAAACUGCCUACAAAUCACAAUUAUAUUGAGAGUGAUGAGGAAUUACAAGCAGAUGGACACAGUUUCUCAGUCAGCCACAGAGAACUUCUACAUGAAUUUCAGAAUCAAGUUCAGCCUCUACUACCAGUCAAUGCAGAAGAGGAUCGGGCAGCGAGGGAAAUGGCUGCCGAGUUGAUCAGAAUCGCAGACUUGCUUGAGCACAGAGUCCUGUCCCAAGCCGCUGACAGUUUGACCAAGAAACUACGCAGAUCUCAGGAGAAGUUCUGGGGUGGACAUCUGUCUGACGGAGUGCAGGCUUUGCUUGACCAGGUGGCGGGGGCCAAAGAGUUUAAGAAGGAACUUGUGGAGAUGGCCUUCACUUUUGUGCUUAUGAAAACUGUUUGUGAACAUAUGCCUAAUUUUUUGCUCGGUCUUUAUGGCACAGUGGUGCAGUAUUUUCCAUACAGAUCCAACAGAUGAGCUUUAUGUUCCAGUUAUACAUUUAUAAAGUAUUGAAUGGUGUAUGUGUAAAUGAUUUGAAAUCUCUGCAUGUAAAGGCAAACGUAUAGUCUUUGCUUUAAGUUUUCUUUUUUUUUUUACAUUACCUUGUAACACUCUCUGUGAACAAUAAUUUGGCCAGGUUUUAUGGUCUUAUGGUUGAUUAAAACAAGAAACUAUGCAUUAAACCAAAUUUGUGAAAAAAAUC